AUGGGGAUAUGGCCAUUUAAUAGUAACAAUAAUCAAUCUGAUAACAAGGAUGUUAGUAUUUCAACUACUAUCACACCUGACAAUCCUUUGAAUAAUAAUGGCGCACCCCCUCCAACUAAUUAUACGCCAGGAGAGAGAUAUUUUUUACAAGAUACAAAACCAAAAUAUUCAGAUGACGAGGCUAAUACUGGUAACAAAUUGACUUUUAAACAGGGUCUUGAUUCAAUUAAAGUAGACGAUUUUAAACCAGAAAACCUGGUCGCAACACCAUGUUUUAGAGAUGCCGGGUUGUUGGGGUUUACUGCAAUGUUUGUUUCUGGUUCAGUCAUCUUUUUAUUCCAUAAAAAUAUCAACAAAGCCAUUAAUUGGUCCCUUGGUGGUUUAUUUUUAGGUAGUAUAGUUGGUUGGGAACAAUGCAGAUUGAAAAGACAAAAUGAAUUCAGAAAUUCACAAAUAGCAAGAGAAAAAAUCGCUAAGAAAGAACUAGAGAAAAAAACACAAAAUGCAAAGAAUCAGACUUUGAUUGAAGAGUGGAACUUAAAAAAUGAUAAGCAGGAACAGAAAAAAUCCUGGUAUAAAUUUUGGUGA